AGAGAACGCGCCACCUCCACACCCCGUUUCAGGAUGCGCAGCAAGUAAAGGAAAGAAAGAAAGGCAAGAGACGUUAUUGGGUCAGCCAGAGCUCCUCGCGCAUUCCCCGCACGCCUGGAUUGGGUCUCCUUCCACGGCUUUGCCAAUUGGUCUAGCAAUCUGAAAAACAGCAACAUGAACUGCUGUGUGGGUGCUUCCUGACAGAAGAUUAGUGCUAAAAGAAAGAAUCUACAGUCUUCAGCUAGCAGGAUUUUGACAAUUCUCCAGUUGCCUUGGGAGCUGGGGAGGUUGCUGUCUCUGAGCAGAUAUUUGCCAUUUCCUGCCUGGAUGCAAAGCAGUACUUGAAUCACAUCUGCUACUUUCAUACUUGAGGAACCAUAUUCUUUACUGUGUAAUCAGACAUUAAAUAAGACAAGCUAUUAUGUCUAAGAAGCAAAACCAAAAAGAUUUGUCAGGAUUUAUUUUUGAUGUGCAGUCAAACACCGUGAUGGCCCAAGGAGGUACCUUUGAAAAUAUGAAAGAGAAGAUUAGUGCUGUGAGAGCGAUAGUCCCUAACCGCAGCAACAAUGAGAUUAUCCUAGUGCUGCAACACUUUGAUAAUUGUGUAGAUCGAACUGUACAGGCUUUCAUGGAAGGUAGUGCUACUGCAGUGUUGAAAGAAUGGACAGUAACUGGCAAGAAAAAGAACAAAAAGAAGAAGACCAAAUCAAAAACCCCUGCAGAAUCAAGUGCCAACCCUCCUGACUCCAGCAAGCCAGCAGCCACUGAAGAAGAACAGUCUGCAGUUUCAUCAGAGAAGGGCGGGAUUAACGGUUACCACGUCAAUGGUUCAGCCAAUGAUACAGAGUCUGUGGACUCACUCAGUGAAGGCUUGGACACACUUUCCAUUGACGCCAGAGAGUUAGAGGAGAGUGAACUUGCUACACCUGAGACUCCUGAUGGACCAGCAUUGUUACAGUUUGAAAAUGGAAUAACCAACUUGAGUCCAAAAUCUGCAAGCAUGCGGUCUUCCCAGAAUACCCAGUCCCUCAGAGUGCAACCUGAAUUGAGAAAUGCUGGCAAGCCACUUUCCAGAUCUGCUUCCAGCACCCAGUCUCCAGCUCCCUCAUCCCUAGCAAUGCUGGAUGAGAUCCCUGUGCCCCCUGGAAACAAAAAACUAGGUUCUAAUAUUGAAAAAUCGGUAAAAGACCUCCAGCGAUGUACCGUGUCACUGUCUCGAUAUCGAGUAGUAGUUAAAGAAGAGAUGGAUGCUUCCAUUAAGAAAAUGAAGCAGGUCUUUGCAGAGCUGCAGAGUUGCCUCAUGGAUCGAGAAGUAGCCCUACUUGGUGAAAUGGACAAAGUAAAAGCAGAAGCAAUGGAAAUCCUAAGCAGCCGCCAAAAGAAGGCAGAGGCACUGAAGAAACUAACUGAUGUAGCAGUCCGAAUGUCAGAAGAGCAAUUGGUAGAACUUAGAGCUGAUAUAAAGCACUUUGUUAGUGAGCGCAAAUAUGAUGAAGAUCUCGGAAGAGUGGCUCGCUUCACUUGUGAGCUGGAUGCCCUAAAGAAAAGCAUUGAAUCCUUUGGACAAGUUUCACAUCCAAAAAAUCAUUAUUCAACCAGAUCACGGUGCAGCUCCAUGACCUCCAUGGCAGUAAACAGUCCGGAUGAGUCCACUACCACAGUGUGUGCCUCUACCUCUUCUCCUAGCCUCAUAAUGGCCAAUAAGAAACCAUUAUCCCCUAUAGAAACCUCCACAAAUGCCACAAGCCGUCCAUCUCAGUCCCACCGUGAGGGGUUCCAGGGAAAUAGAAGGUCUAAUCAAGGUUACCGGUCCCAAGGACAACGGCAAAAUGGCUCAUUGCAUCACAAUUCAAAUCGCUAUAGAAAUGGGUCUUGGUACCAGUCCAACUACAAGUCCCGACCACCCUCUGGAAAUUCAAACAACCUCAACCAGACUUGCCCCACCAGAAUCAAUGGAACUGGGCCUGGGCCUGAGCCAGGCCCACCAGCCCUGUCCCUACAGACACAUUUGGUCCCACUCAGCCCAGAAGCCAAGGCUCUGCCACAGAGGAAACCUAGAUCAAGCCAAUAUGAGGCAUCCAAUUCCUGAGGACCACAAACUCUGCCACUUUCCAAAAUUGGAGAACAAGAUUGUGGGAACAUUUAGCUAGACAUAUAUUAACGAGAAAGGAAAUUUACACUUUGCUAUCCCUUUUGCCGCCUCUUUUUCCCAAUCAUUCCAUUCUGGGAAAGCAGCUUCUUAGCAUUUCUCUUGCCCUUGCUUCCUGCAGUGUACAAUGGGUCAGAUUUUAAUGGGAAGACAUAUUCUUGCUGUUCAGGAGUGGCCCUGGCACACCUUACUGAUGCCCUUCCUUACGUCCAAUGGCGUAGGGCCAGUUUUAAAUAUUGCCAGGUCUAUAUCCUAAAAAUGGGGUGGGUGGUGGGUGGGAAUGUCUUCCAAUAGUUCUAAACCAAAAUUUUCUGAUCCCUAUUCCUCCCAGAAUGCCACUAGCCAGGUCUUAUUUUUAACAGCAGAAGCUAUUCAUGCUGACAAUGAAACAGGUUGCUGUAAAUUGUGGGUUCAAGAAGAGAAAUUUGAAGGGGAAAAGCUGUAAGAGAUUGCUAUAUUGGGGUUUUUUGUUUUGUUUUUGCAACUUAUCCUAAAGUUAAGAAUACUGGGAAUACUGGAGAAUAUCUCUUCCAGCAGUGGGUGAGCAAUUUCCAUUCUUCCUGAGAGAAUUAACAUUCUGUCUAUAUGUCCUGUAUAAAUUUAGAUAUUCCCUAGUUUUAAUGUUUGGUGUGGGAUGGGAGGUUUCAUUUUUUUCACUUCCCGGCCAAAAUCCCGUUAUCUGAUUCUAAACUAAAUUUCUAGCAAUUUAUAAGUAAUGCUAAGCCUAAAUGAUCACAAGUAAAAGCAAAAAAUGCUACAGUCUCUCUAUCCUUGUAUAAAUAAAAGCAACAUACAUGUUUAAAA